AUGGUGCACAAACUUGGCACCAUGAUGUUGGGCAAUUCUGCAACGGUGGCAUGCGGAUUAGAGUCGAAUCCGAAGUAUUCUCGGUCUUUCGGCGAACUACCCAAGGACAAAGUCUCUAACGGCUAUUUGUCCGUUUUCUCUGCCGGACCGCUUGCCUUCCAGAGCAUAUUCCUCAAUGAGGACAACACGCUUGGGUCGAUGGAACUGAACAAUGGCUUCUUAGUGUCUUUUGAUGUGACGAAUUUCAUGGAGCCCUGCUUAAUUGGCGAAGUGGUUCACCUCGAGCCAAUGUCGCCCAAAGUUGACCAUUGUGUAUAUGUCUCUUCCGAGCCGUCGUGGGAGGGGCGAAGGCCAAAGACACCGUGGAACGACGGCCAGGUCUCUGCUACUACCUCCCGCUGGUUGACAAUGUUCAUAUUAGUUGAAUAUAGAAAGUCAGAGAUGGGGCUCAGUUCCGGACCCACCGUCACUGCCGAUGCUGAUGUCGAGCCAAGGAUGGGCGGCAAUGCAGAGGGCCAUAACUAG